AAUCAAUCCAAUCAAUCAUGAGUGACAUUUAGGUAUCCAACAAAAAUAAUCUCAAAUUUGUCUAAAUUCUCCGUUACGAAAAUCCCGUUUUGUUUAAAAUUCGAAAAUUUCUUUGAAAAAUUCUUGAAAUUUUGAAAGUAUGAACUAGUUAGCUGGGUGUUAAAUGCCAAUAGUGUUUACCUGGACUUCUAUCGACUUUGCGUCUUGUGUCCGAGUAUCUAAGGUCUAAUUUAAAAGCCAAGAUGUCGCACGGAUUCUACGCUGACGCCGAGAACAGGUCCAAGCGCCGUAUCAGGCGCUGGUACCAGGAGAACCUGAUGAAGGCUUUGUUGGACAAUAAAGAGAAACAAGCACGAGAAGUCGACGCUUCCAUUGCACUCACUGAGGAGAUGUUGGCUAUAUUAGAUGAAAAAGCAGCGGUUCCGAAAGUGAUCCCGUCGCAUGACAUCGAAUCACGAGGUGAUGACGACAGUUUGAUGACUCCCAUAGAGCCUGAGAUCCUGGACUUGCUGUACAACAGCACGGAGAAGGGCGCGGCUGAGAAAUACCUCAAGGCGAGGAACAAGAAGGCGCCAGAUGACAAAUUCUACUUCCGUAUAGUGACAAGUUGGGACUACGGCUGGCAGCAGAAGCAGUCGCGGCUGCGCGCGCGCGACGUCAACCGCGGCCGCUGCGCCAUCUUGCGGGACACGUUCUACAGGAAGAACAACCUGGCGCCCGACCCCAAACACUACUCCGUGCCGUCCGGGGGAGAGUUUUCCGUUUGCAGCGAAUAUUCUUGCAACUUUAAUUAAGUGGAAUAUCUUAUUAAACGAGAAACACACUA